UUCAUGUUUACUCGUCAAGCAAGUUGUCGUCGCCUUGCUUUUCUCUGAGGAUUAAAACUAGAAACUUUUCUUAUUGACUUCGGCACUUGUGACAUUUAAUGAUGAACUUGCUUUUCUUCUUUCUCCUAGUUGUACAAACACACAGCGUGACGCCUGUGAUUCAUUCACUCAAGUAUUUCCGCACUGCAUCCUCUCAAGUUCCAAACUUCCCAGAGUUUGUGGAGGUUGGUUAUGUUGAUGGAGUUGAGAUUAGUUACUAUGACAGCAACAUCAGGAAAGCAGAAUCCAAACAGGACUGGAUGAACAAAAUCACAGCAGAGGAUCCAAACUACUGGCAGAGACAAACAGAGUACUAUGUUGUUUAUGAACAUGUCUACAAAACCAACAUUGAAAUAGCCAUGAAGCGUUUCAACCAAACUGGAGGUGUUCACACUUUCCAGAAGAUGUCAGGAUGUGAAUGGAAUGAUGAGACUGAUGAGGUUAAAGGUUGGCAUCAGUUCAGUUAUGAUGGAGAAGAUUUCAUAUCGUUGGACAUGAAGACAUGGACAUUUACUGCAGCAAAACAACAAGCUUUCCCCUCCAAACUCAAGUGGGACCAAGACAUACUUGGACUAGACUACAAUAAGUAUUAUUACACUGAGGAAUGUCCUUCUUACUUGAAGAAGUAUGUGGAGUAUGGGAAGAAGGUCCUAAUGAGAACAGAGCUUCCAGAGGUGUUCCUCCUCCAGAAGACGCCAUCCUCUCCGGUCACCUGCAUGGCGACAGGUUUCUACCCCGACCUAGCCGACUUGUUUUGGAGGAAAGACGGCGAGCAGAUCUUCGAGGACGUGGAGCACGGAGAGCUGCUCCCCAACCACGACGGAACCUUCCAGAUGUCUGUGGACCUGAAAGUGGAGGUGACGGCCGAGGUGGAGGGCAAGUACGAAUGUGUGUUCCGGCUGUCUGGCGUCAAGGAGGACCUGGUCACCAAGCUGGAGAGAAGAAGCAUCCUGAGCAACGCAAGCCAUGAAGGCAACGUGAGCGUCACUGCCACGCUGGCGGUCCUCGCUGUGGUGGUCCUCCUGGCGGCCGGCGUCUUCAUCAUCAUCUUCAUCAUCAAGCGUCGCCGAAGCAGACAAGCCAAAUACGAUCCAGCUGCUGGUGACGCUGGUAACGAGCUCUCAGAGAGACGUGAAGGCUGAAGGCUGAGUGAGACACAGUGAGGACUUUUCUUUUUCAUGCACCUCCAAAUGUUCUUCUGACUUUGUGUGAAGAUGAUGUUCAACUUGGCUCUCACUCUGCCACAUGCUAACAUCUGCACUUGGAUUCACCUGCUUUUGUUGGGAAUGUGCUGAGUCAUCUUCUUCCUCCAGGAUGCUUUGUGCACUGGAACACAGAGAGAUGUCUCCAUCGCUGAGGGACCUCAUCACACUUGGACAUUUCUUUCACAUCUGCACUAAUUGCUCCUCAUCUCAUCCAUCAUGUCUUCUUUGGGUGUUUAUGGCUGAGAAAACACCUUCAAUCUGCAUUUUUCAACAAUAUUUUGCCAGUGAAUCAUGUUGAUGUUGAUCUUUGUGUCCAUGUAGUUGUGAUGUCAUCAUUUGGGGCUCAUGUGUCAUCACAUUGACAAGGAUUUCUUCUUUCCUUUUCAAACCAAAAGACAGCUGCUUAUCAGUGAAUAUCACCUUGUGUCACAUGUCAUCAUUAUUUUUACAAAUAUUGUGGAACAAUAGCACAAUUUUUCGGUACUUUUUUAUGUUAAUGUUAAUUGUUUGAUAAUCAAUUUUUUGUUGUAACAUUUAAGAAUGAUGAUUAUGAGAACUGCUGUCCAGUUGUUAUAUCUUGUUUUCUGGUUACAUUAGUCUCCUUUGCAAUGCAGUUGCACUUCCAAGACCAUUAGAUGGCAGCACUGUAUAACUAUUUAUGCUAUGUUGUCAAACUAGAAAGUAGCUUUUUUUCAGGAAGAUGAAUUUGUUAGGUUGCGCCCUACAAAGUGUCAAUACUGUAAGUAUUGUCCUCAUUGCACAAAACUGUAAAAUUCUAAUUAUAUUAGUUAUCGUUUCCUUUACCAAAUCAAAGGUGUUGAAAUGGCCAUGUAAAAUCGCUCAUGCUAAUAGUUGCCUGUCUAUGGCUAAUCCUUUGUAAAUUAGCAUUAAGCUAGCGCAUUUUGAAAGGGUGUAGCAUUACUUUACGUUUGAGCGUAUUUUUUAUUAAGCACACUUUGUUGGUGUUGAAAAUGGCAAGGUGACUUAGAGGGAGUUUGGCUGAGUCCGGCCUGAGUGCUGCUUGAGUGAUGGGUGCUGGUUAGCGCCUUGCAUGGCAGCUCCCUCCAUCAGUGUGUGAAUGUGUGUGUGAAUGGGUAAAUGUGGAAGCAGUGUCAAAGCGCUUUGAGUACCUUGAAGGUAGAAAAGCGCUAUACAAGUACAAGUACAACCCAUUGUUUACGUGUUUAGUCUGAAACCAGACAUGACCAGUCUGAAACCGGACAUGACGUCACAUGCAACAAAGGUAUCGAACUACGGCACCAGGGGCGCCGAAAAAGGGGGGUAAAGGAGACGGAUUCUAGGGGCCCAUGAUGGAGGGGGGGCCCAGAGAGGCCCCUAAUGAUGAUGAAAUUAUAAUACAGAAAAAAUAAUGACACUGUGUUGGGGGCCCUGUAAAGAUUCUUUUCAUGGGGCCCAAAAUCCCUAGCGGCGCCCCUGUACGGCACCGUUUGAUUUUACGUGAAUUGAUAGUACCGAGGGAAUUCGAUCAUUACCUACAAAAGAACUGAAUUGGGUAGCCAACCCUACCAGUUAGUGUGACGGAGGGGGACAGUGACACAGGAUUUUUAUGACAAAGCGUUGCAAAAUGUUUACAUUUUUUUAAACAAUCUGCGGUUUUUUCCUUUCCUUUUUGCAUAGUCAUAUUUUUGCUUGAUUGCCAAACAUGCCGAGGAUGUAAUUUGGGAAGUAAACAAGGUAGGCCGUUCAUAUACUCUUGAUAUUCAGUGUUUUAUGUGUACUAUGUUUCAUGUACAUUCUGGGUGUUUUAUUCAGUAAAAACUUGUCAAAUAGAA